AUAUUGUAAAACCCCAAUCUCUCCCUCACUUUCUCGUACGCCGCACCAACUGUUGAAUCCACGAAGAAACCUCACCUCAGUCCCUAGAUUCUAUGGCGACCAACGAACCCGAGCACGAGAACAGAGACGCAGAAGAAUCCGGAGCUAACGAGGAUGAGGACACCGGAGCUCAGGUCGCUCCGAUCGUUAGGCUUGAGGAAGUUGCCGUCACUACCGGCGAGGAAGACGAAGACGCAAUCCUCGAUCUGAAAUCGAAGCUGUAUCGCUUCGACAAGGAAGCGAAUCAGUGGAAGGAGAGAGGAGCUGGUACUGUGAAGCUCUUGAAGCAUAAGAGCACUGGCAAGAUUCGUCUCGUUAUGAGGCAAUCCAAAACUCUCAAGAUCUGUGCCAAUCAUUUCGUUAAACAGGGCAUGUCUGUUCAGGAACACGUUGGAAACGAGAAGUCGUGUGUGUGGCACGCUCGUGACUUUGCUGAUGGUGAGCUGAAGGAUGAGCUUUUCUGCAUCCGAUUUGCUUCAAUUGAGAACUGCAAAGCAUUUAUGCAGAAGUUCAAUGAAGUUGCUGAAUCUGAAGUAGAGAAAGAAGAGAGCAAAGACGCAUCUGACACCGCUGGUCUUCUUGAGAAGUUGACCGUUGAAGAGACAAAAACAGAGGAGAAACCUGUGGAGAAGGUGAAGGCCGAAGUUGAAGCAGAGGAAAAGACAAAAAGCGAGCCAGAGAAAGCUGAUGAAGAAAAGAAAACCGAAGAGGCUGUUGCUCCCUCAACUUAAGAUGCAUCAAUGUUUAAGCUCCUUUGGCGAGGUAUUAUUAGCCUUGUUUUGAUGCAUCCAUCUCGAGUCUACUAGUGUCUUGGCACUAACUAUCUACAUGUGUUGUCGGAUCAUAUCAAGUGGUUUGGGGUUGGGUUUGCUGAGUCGUUUUGGGUUUUAUAGUUUUGAGUCUAAAGUGUGGGCGAGUGAUAUGAGAGAUUACGGUUUGGUUAUCAGUAAGAAUACAUUGAAUUCAUUGUUUUCAGCGUUUGUUAUGGGUUGUUUUUGGAUGGUCUUUAUUUUGAGGACAGGGAUGGUUGUUUGUUCAUGGACAUGUCAGAAGUCUUCAUUUCUUUGAAUUACAAAAUUAUACGCAUUGUUGAUUUUAAUUUAAUAAUCCUUUUGUUUU